AUGUCCGCAGCCUGGCUCACACCACCGGUCCAGCUGACAGGGAGUCGAGAGUUUACCUGUGAUGGCUUCACAACGGAACAAUACGACUAUUAUAUGCAGCGGUGGCAUUUUUGGUACAUCGCCGACUAUGUCUACGCUCUACCGACCAUCGCAUUCUUUAUGUGUUCAACUGGGAUCUUUAUCAUCGAAUAUUUCUUUUCUUCGGUACUUGGUAACCGGAGAAUGUUGCGGGGUCCUCGAUUAUGGCAAAGGUCGAUUGCCUUCAUCCGAUACUUGUCCUACCGUGGCUUUCAUGUCCGGGCACUGGGAUGGAAUUCAGCUCCCUUGGGAGUCCUGCUUUUGGGUGCGGCAGGGGCCAUCUUCUUCCUCUGCAUGGUGCUCAUUCCACAGCCUUACUACUGGUCCAGUCUGAAUUAUGGUGGUUCGCCUCCCCUUGCUACAAGAUCGGGAUGGAUGGCGCUGGCGUGCAUGCCCUUUGUCUUCGCAACGGCCACCAAGACGAAUUGGAUCACCUUUUUUACCGGCGUCUCCCAUGAAAAGCUCCAAGUAUUUCACCGAUGGAUAUCCUAUGCCUUCUUCGUCCUCGCGCUCUUGCAUACCUUUCCCUUCAUUGUCUACCAUAUCCGAUUCCAUGACAUGGUGAUGCAAUUUGAGAUGAGCCUUAUUUUUUACUGGACCGGAAUUGUGGCUAUCAUCUUCCAGGCCUGGCUUACCUUUGCCUCACACAGUGUGGUUAGAGAACUGGGCUACGAAUUCUUCAAGGCGACACACCUCUUUGCUGCUGCCGUUCUUAUUCUAAUCCUCUUUUGGCACUGCGACUAUACCCUGACCUCCUGGCACUACUUUAUCGCCACAGCCACAGUAUACGUCCCCUGUUUCCUCCAUCCCUGGCUGAGGACGCUGUUCGAGUAUGGAAUGUGCCAAAAGGCCCAAGUUCACCUUGAAAGCAACGGCUUCAUCCGGAUCGUAAUCCCCGUGGUCUUCCGGUGGCGACCCGGCCAGCACUGCUUCCUCCGCUUCACCAGCUUCGGGCUACUCCCUGCGCUCUCGGCGCACCCGUUCACCAUCUGCGCCCUGCCAGCAGAAAGGCCCGGUGACGAGUCCCAUCUCGUCUUCUACAUCCGCCAUCAAGGCGGUUUUACGGCGCGUCUUUACGAGUUUGCCGUGGCGCACCCGGAGGCUUUUGUGUCGGUGCUCGUCGAUGGCCCGUACGGCGGAAUCAACCUGCAAUCCUACGUUCGCAGCGACAAUCUUUUGUUAAUUACAGGGGGAUCUGGGAUUGGAUGGACUUUGCCGUUUAUUCAGCAAUUCCUCGCGUCACGAUCAGCGUCUGGUGACGUAGAAUGUGGCCAAGGAAUUGAUGUCGUGAGCGAGGACGAUACAGGAGCAGCAAGGCACAAUAACCCGCCUUCUAGCAAUGGCCUUUCUGCGCCUCGCUCCCUGCGGGUCAUCCUGGCAACUAGAGACACCAACAGCCGCAUGUGGUUCGAUCAAGCCAUCAGUCGACUGCUGGACGAGUUCUCCGUUCCCGGCGCGCUGCUCGAUCUUCACAUCCAGAUCCAUCUGACUGGGGACGAGGCCGACCGGCAACCGACCCAGAGGCAGCAGACCCCCGCUGAAUUGAAAGAGCAGGACCCCUUGCCCGCAAGUGGGGAUGGUUCAAACGAUCAAGCGAUGCUCACCAUGAUGGACAGCUCCAAGGGCCGGCCACGGCUCCCUGCGAUCAUUCACGAAGCAGUUCAUCCCAGCGAGUCACUCGGGGUUUAUGUUUGUGGGCCAAUUUCGAUGCAGAGUGAUGUUCGUAAUGCAGUUGCUGACGAGAACUUGAAAGUCCUGAAGGGGGCCAAGUCGGGGGGGGUUUAUCUGCAUUGCGAGCAUUUUCAAUGGGCAUAGUGGCAG